AUGGACACGUUUUCAACGAGGCCUCUGGAUUCGACAGCCCUGACUCGAAAUGACGUGCAUUCGGAUCGGGUUCGCAGUGGAUUUCAACAGCAGCAGCGAGAUGUCAACAAGCCAAAGGCCUUGCCUAAUACAAAAGAUUGGAAGGCAGUGGCGCAGGCCGUGAAAAGCGCUUUGAAGGCACGUCAGCAGCAGUUUUAUAACAAAGAUUGA